GUUUAUUUGUGCAGUGUCUCAAGCAUCUCAUUUUGAAUAAAUCUUCCCAUUUCAAUUCCCUCCUUCUCACAAUUUUUUUUUUUUUUUUUGCAAUGGACCUUCAUCAUCAUCAUAUGUCCAAAAGAUGGAGUGACCAACAACUAAGUCCCGACCGUACUAAAGUUUGGAUCGAACCUCCUCAUAAAAAGCGUCGAGUUCCUGUUGUUUAUUAUCUUUGUCGUAAUGGCCAACUCGAACACCCUCAUUUCAUCGAAGUUCCUCUUUCGUCCCCUGACGGACUUUAUCUUCGAGAUGUAAUCUAUCGACUUAAUUCUCUUCGAGGUAAAGGAAUGGCUGCAUUGUAUUCAUGGUCUUCUAAAAGGACUUAUAGAAGUGGAUUCGUGUGGCACGAUUUAUCCGAAAAUGAUUUUAUAUACCCGGCACACGGGCACGAGUACAUUUUAAAAGGCUCCGAGCUCGUCUACAAUAAUAAUAAUAAUGACUCAUCAUUCGGUCUAAAAUCCGACGAAGCAAUGUCGAAGAAAACAUCCUUGUCCGACAUUAAUUUUUCGGUCAAUAAUACUGGAAGUGGAAGGAACCAAUCGUGGACCGGGAUCGAUGACAACGAGUACAAAGUUUAUUCUGGGGUGUCCUCGGCCGUCAGAGUUGCCGCAACUCAGACGUCCAAAAACCGACGACGAAGAGCGAGCGUUGAUGAAAUCGAGAUUUCACCUCCGCCAUCAGACUCGAGCACUGAAACGCUCGAGUCACUAAUGAAAUCGGAUGGUAGUGUAAUCGUACGGUCAGAAGAAAUAGAUGAUAAAAAUGUCCACUUAAAUCCAACGGUUGGAAAUAAAAUGAAGGCAUCGUCCGUGCUAAUGCAGCUGAUCACGUGCGGGUCGAUUUCGUUUAGGGAUUGUGGGCCUGGUGAGAAAAGCCCAUGUUUUGCAUUUGAUUCGGGUUGUAAAUCUAGGAUGAUGCCACGUGGCGAAGAAGGGAGUGAUCGAACGGUGAAGAUUGUAGGUGAAGGAAGAGGGGAGAACGGUGUCACUUUGGUGAGGAAAAAUAAUACGGAGGAUAAAGAAUAUUUCAGUGGGAGUUUAAUACAAACAAAAAAGGAUGAAUUUCCAGCUUUAAAGAGGUCAAAUUCCUACAAUGCAAAUGGCUAAAAAAACUACGAGUACUUUAUAUGAUAUUAAAAAAUCGAAAUACGAUUUUAUUUUAGUUUUUAUUGUAAGUUAGUGUGAGUUUUUUUUAAUUAUUAUUAUUUCGCCAUCAUAAAUUUGUGGAUGUUUCUACCACGUGUGUAAAUGAAUGCUUUCGUUAUAGUAUUUAUUUUGUUUUUAA